CUUCGCGUGAUCGCAACCGUUGGAAAACGACUGAUGUUUUCAAUUUCAGCAAAUAAUCGCACUCGUUGUCAUUCUUGUCGAUCGUAAUAGAUUCAUCUUAUUUGAUUGCCAUAAAACAUGUGUUUUAAAAUUAAGCAUAAUUGUUAACUCUUAACAAUGCGAAGCGAGUUGCAUACUGAUAAAUCGUUGAAAUGAAAACCUUUCUACUCAGUGAAAUUCCAUAUUUCAACCGAGGCUUUGGAAUAUGACAAAAUGAUAAGAGGAUGCACAAGACGCAAAAGCCAACAGUGUUCUUAUCAACGGCUGAAACGACUUCGUGGGAGCAAACAAAAGGUCAUCUUCGAGGGAUGAUCCCUCCCAUCUAGGGACACCCCGGUAUAAAAACCACAUUCUCGAUCCGGUUGACAAUCAAUCACACUCUGUAAACGAUGGCGCCCAAUCAAAAUCUGGCAGCCGUGGUGCACGGUCCAAACGAUCUUCGUCUGGAGCCGAGACCAGUUCCAGAGCCGGCCUUCAACGAGGUGGUCCUCGAAGUGGACUGCUGUGGAAUCUGCGGAACCGAUAUCCAUUUCCUGAAGGAAGGCGGUUUCGGUGCCCAAACGUUGAUCAGACCCAUUGUGCUGGGUCACGAAUCGUCGGGAGUGGUGCGGAAAGUUGGCAGCAAGGUCACUCAUUUGAAGGUUGGAGAUCGAGUCGCGAUCGAACCUGCCGCAGGAUGUCGUUUUUGUGAUCUUUGUAAAGUGGGCAAAUAUAAUGUGUGCCUAGAUGGGAAGCACUGUACUACGCAGAAAACCGACGGAAAUUGUUCGAAUUUCUACGCCCAGUACGCAGAUUGUUGCUACAAGCUACCUGAUCAUGUGUCGAUGGAAGAAGGCGCCAUGUUGGAACCGCUUUCGGUGGCAAUCUACGCCACUAGAAGGGCAGAUAUCCGUCUAGGUAGCAGAGUCAUCAUAUUUGGUGCUGGUCCCAUAGGACUAAUGUGUUUAAUCGCUGCCAAGGCAAUGGGAGCUACGAGAACCGUAAUUCUGGAUCUGGCCAGGGUUAAACAUCGACUAGAUCUGGCGAAGGAACUGGGAGUAACGGGCACGAUCGCGAUCGAUAAAGGCGACAAGGAAGACGACCUGGUGAGAAGGGUUCACGAGGUAUUGGGAGGUCCGGCGGAUCGUGUUCUGGAGUGUACCGGAUCGGAGCCGGGAAUUCGAAUCUCGAUCAAGGCCACACGGAAUGCCGGCCAGAUCUGUCUCGUCGGGUUGGGCAACGAAGACGUUAAGGUACCAAUGGUGGACGCCAUCUCGCGUGAAAUCAAUAUCGUGACCGCCAUGCGAUUCAAUCACGAUUUUCCGGCCGCGUUGGAAAUAGUAGCCAGUGGGUAUGUGGACAUAAAACCACUUGCUUCGCACCAUUUCGAUCUGAAGGACGUUCACGAGGCGUUCCGAGUUGCUAGUCAGGGCGAAGGUAACAAAGUACUGAUUCAUCUUGUGCCUAGAGAUACUAACAAUAAGAAAAAGUUUGUGAACUAAGUUUGAAUUUGUUUGAUGUUUUUAAGCUGAAAUAUAUUUUCUUGUUCUUA